AGCACCGCUGAGUAGGCACGCUCUGAGGCAUCGGCGAACCCGUGGAUUUCCAGCUGUGAAUCAGUCAAACCUCCCAGCCAUCGAGGUACGAGCACGUUUUCCAAAGCAGGCAGCUCGUUCUGGAAUCGCAGCCAUCUUCUCUCGUCGUCGCUGGGUAGCGGAGCGUCCCAAUCAAGACCUAGCAACCAGGUGGACUGGAUGAAGAUCUUGGCUAAUACCGUUGUUGGGGCCAGCCAGCCGAGAGGGUCGAACAUUUUCGCCGUCAAAGAUAAUACCGACCUUUUGGUGAAGGUCGACAGCGUGGUCAGUUUGGUUGCGAAAGCGAAGCGAUCGUCACGUGGUUGCCAGCGUAAACCGAGAGUGGAGUGACUCUCGCCGGGCAGCCACCAUCUGGCCUCUCGUCGAAGACGGUCGUCGGGCUCCACUGCGUUCAGCAGGAGCGAGUGGUUUGCCGACCACUUUUUAAGUGAGAAGCCGCCCGCCCUGCAGAUCUCAGUCAGCUGUUGCAGCAUUACUUCGGCUUCCUCCAUGGUCUCCGCACCGGCCAGGAUGUCGUCCAUGUAGACGUCGCUCAGCAGGAUGAGGGCUCCUUUCGGGUAGCGAUGUCCUUCGUCCUCGGCUAGUUGUCGUAAAGUGCGGAUCGCUAGAUAAGGAGCACAGGAUAGACCGUUUUGAUCGUCGGGGUGCACCAGUAUCUGCCUAUACAUCUUUUCGAUGUCAGUCGCGAAGACGUAGCGAUGACGUCGCCAGCGCAGCAGGAUGUCGGCUAGCGAAGGCAGUAGAUUCGGACCAGUUGCUAAAUAUCUAUUGAGGGAGUCUCCGUUCGGCAAGGAGCUCGAGCCGUUGAAGACGACCCUCAGUUUGGUUGAUGAGCUGUCCGGACGCAAUACCCCGUGAUGAGGCAGGUAGCAAGCCCCCGGAUGCGAUUCAGUUGACGACGGAGCAGGCCUCAUGUGUCGCAGCGCUCGGCGGGCAGCGCGGAUUGUUCCUGAGAGGUCCGGCAGAGAGUCAAUAGUGGGCAGGCGCACGAUAUACCGGCCGUCUGGAGAGCGAGUAUGAUGUCGGCGAUAGUGCUCUUCGCACUCCAGUUCGGCCUUGGUGAGGAUCGGAGAUGGCCUACGAACUUCCUCCUGCUCCCAGAACCGCCGAACCAAGCAGGUGAUGUCCUCCUCGAUUUGGCAAUGGCCCUCGCGGAUGAUUACUCCGUAGACGUCGGCGCCCAGCAGAAGAUCUACUGGAUCCGCGGAACGGAAUUCUGGAUCGGCGAGCUCCAGGUCCUUAAGAUGGGUCCAGGACUGCAGACUUUGGCGGCAUCCUCCGGCGAAGAGAGUGAGCUUCGGCAGGAUCAAGGCGGCGACGGAGUUGGACUGGUCGCCGUUGUGCGCUCUAAAAGUCUGGCUGCCUGGUUCCUGCCAAUGAUGGACUGGAAGAGGUCUCGGAACGAAGGCCAAUCUUCGUACUUCCCGGUGAAGGUCGGCGGUUGAAUCUUAGGCAAUGCGGUCCGAGGAGCGGCGGCCGGUGUCGCUGCCGAACUUGGUCUGGAUGUAUGCUCUUGUCGUUGGAGAGCGCUCUUCAGAUCGAGCAUGAGGCCCUUGUUCUGCAGCUUCUCGAGGUUUUGAAGCCGGGCCUCCACCGCGCCGAGGGUGAUAUUGGCCUCGCCGAGCUUCCGAAGGUUCUCGUACGCGCGCGAGAUUUUGCCGUAUAGCACUGUGGCUGUGGCAAUGAUUGCCUUAGUGUCUGUCAUGUCUAAAACUGUUUCUCUUUU